GUGUGGGUGUGUUGAUCAGACGUGAGGAUGUUCAAGGCACGUUCUGUUUUAGUUACUGGCAGUAACAGAGGCAUUGGGCUUGAAUUCGUAAAACAACUGAUACAACUGCCCAAUCCACCAGAACAUGUGUUUGCGUGUUGUCGUUCCCCAGAGAAUGCAGUGGAAUUAAAGAACCUUGUCAGUGAAAAUCCAUCAUUGAAAGUAAUUAAACUCGAAUUAGAAGAUUAUACAAGUAUUGAAGAAGCAGGAAAGCAAGUUGAACAAGUGGUCGGUGAGAAUGGACUCAAUGUACUAAUCAACAAUGCUGGAUAUUUUGGUGUCAGUGAAAUGAAUGAGAAAUUAGAAGAUGUCACUCCAGAGUCGCUGACUAAGCACUUUAAUAUUAAUGCAAUUGGACCUCUCAUGGUCACCAAGAGACUGUUGCCACUGAUUCGUUGUGCAGCUCAGCAGGGUGUGGGUGAUGAGAUGAGUGCAUCACGUGCUGCCAUCAUUAAUAUCACUACCAAGUGUGCCUCUAUAGCUGACAAUGGAAGUGCUAGAAUGUACGGAUACAGAACUUCAAAGAUUGCUUUAAAUAUGAUUAAUAAAAAUUUGGCAGUUGAACUGAAACCAGACAACAUAUUGUGUGUACUGAUGCAUCCUGGCUGGAUGAAAACUGACAUGACUGGUCCAAAUGCAUUGAUAACUACUGAAGAAAGUGUACGACCAAUGCUGGAUGUCAUAGGGUCACGACGACGCGAACACAAUGGAUUAUUAUUUGAUUACAAAGGAAAUCUGAUUCCUUGGUGAAUAUGUACACAAUAGUAUUGUGUUUUUUUAAUCUAGAAUAUAUUUGAUUUGUAUAACAUUUGUGUAGCUAAAAUUACCUUGUUGUAAAAAUAAUUUUUGCAAAAAGAAUGACAAAUUUACUGGUAUCAUCAAGAAUAAAGCCUGUGUGCG